CAAGUCUGUCCACCAUUUUGACUGAAUGUUGCCACAAUCGAAUUUUCGUGUCAAAUACCUUCGGUAGUCAAAAGGUUCGGGAAAAAAUCAACUCGGUGAAAAAGUGUUGACUAACUACAGCGAAAAAGACGCGAAACGUUGAAACUCUAUUAAUUUUUUUUUGCAAUAUGAACCCAAAGCGAACCAAAUUCACAACACUGACUUCAACGGUUAAAGAGGAAGUCGUUCCGGUGCUGAUACACGAUCCCAAUGCUCCAGAUGGUGCGCAAUAUGCGUAUGCUACAUUUACCUCAGCUGAAGAAUCUGAAUCUGCUGUUGAAUCAUUGUCUGGAACACAUGAAACAAUCGUGAGCGCACAGGAGGUGAUAAUUGAUGAACAUGGACGUGCUGUGACCAUUCAACAACUGGUUGACACCCAUUCUGUCGAAGAGGUGGAGACCGUGGAAGAAAACGAUGGCACACAUACCAUAUUGCAUAUUGUACCCUCAUCGCCAAUUCCCGAAGAGACGGGAACAGAAAGCGGUGGAGAUGGCGAUGCCAGCCUCAGCCCAACCGAUUCGAUGGGGUCACGUUCCAAGACUUUUUAUUGCCCCAAUUGUGGUAAUUGCUACAGUGCCGCAGGAUCAUUAAAAUUGCAUAUGCGAGCUUGCAUGAAGCAGCGCGAAGAAGUUCCACCAGAACAAAGAAAAUGCGAAAUUUGCAAUAAGGUAUUCAAUUCAGUUUCGUAUUUAAAAGAACAUAUGAUGCGGCAUACAGGAGAAGGCCCAAGACGAUGUAAUCGCUGCUAUAGAAAAUUUAUUGAUGAGGGUAAAUGGAAGGCGCACAUGGAAAGCCAUAAACAACAAGAUAAACUAGAUGCUGAAGCUCAGGCUUUGGCCGAACAGCAUGGAGGAAAGAAGAUAGUGGUCAAAGAGUUCACAUGUUCAUUUUGUUCACAAAAUUUUACGGUGGUAUUCGAAGAGGGUCAAGUUAAACGACGUUACGCCUGUGAUGAGUGUCGUGAGAAGUAUUCUAACGCGGAACAAUUAAAGCAGCACAAACAAAUGUUGGGCGAAAAGCGCGAUUUUCAUUGCGAACGAUGUGGGCGCAAAUUUGUGUUUGAAGGUUUCUUGCAGCGGCAUCUUCCAGCUUGUGAUGGUACAAUUAAACGACGACGGGACAUGAAGUAAUAGUUUCGUGUGAUUUGCGUCUACGCAUAAUCUCAUAAGUAUAACUCAAUACUACACUACGCUAUUUAGAUCUACGAAUUAAUAAGUUUUUUUCCGUACCUUAUGUUAUUUGUAACUUGUUUAUUUCAUUUGCUAGAUGAUACUUUGUAAAUAUGCCAUUUAAACCGUUGAAUAUAUAGCUGGAGGCAACGUCGACGGACAGCAAUAUUCUGAAGAUUUGAAAUACGUCCUCUGUUCUUGAAUAACUUUUUUAAUUCUAUGACACGUAAAUUUUUGAAUUAAUAAAAAAAUCCAUAUUAAAUUAAA